AUGGAUCCGACUUCUCGACCCGCUAUUGUCAUCGACAACGGAACCGGGUAUACGAAAAUGGGUUUCGCGGGUAAUGUAGAACCAUGUUUCAUUCUUCCAACAGUAGUUGCAGCCAACGAGUCUUUCUUGAGCCAACCCAAGAGUUCUUUAAAAGGAACAUGGGCGGCUCAGCACAACGCUGGAGUUGCGGCUGAUAUGGAUUUCUUUAUCGGAGAUGAAGCUCUUAUGAAGUCACGGUCUAGUAGUACUUAUAAUCUUCGUUAUCCCAUUGAGCAUGGUCAAGUUGAGGAUUGGGAUGCUAUGGAAAGGUAUUGGCAGCAGUGUGUGUUUAACUAUUUGAGAUGUGAUCCGGAGGAUCAUUACUUUCUUCUCACUGAAAGUCCUCUUACUCCUCCUGAGAGUCGAGAGUACACUGGAGAGAUUUUGUUUGAGACUUUUAAUGUUCCUGGGCUGUAUAUUGCUGUUAACUCGGUUCUUGCACUUGCUGCUGGGUACACAACAUCAAAGUGUGAGAUGACAGGGGUUGUAGUGGAUGUUGGAGAUGGGGCGACUCGUGUUGUACCUGUUGCAGAAGGUUAUGUCAUUGCGAGCUGUAUCAAGUCAAUUCCAAUUGCUGGCAAAGAUGUUUCCCUCUUUAUCCAGCAACUCAUGCGGGAAAGAGGUGAGAAUAUACCACCGGAAGAUUCAUUUGAUGUAGCCCGUAAAGUGAAGGAAAUGUACUGCUACACUUCUUCAGACAUCGUAAAGGAGUUUAAUAAACACGACAAAGAACCAGGAAAGUAUAUCAAACAGUGGAAAGGUGUUAAGCCAAAGACUGGUGCACCGUACACUUGCGAUGUGGGAUAUGAACGAUUCCUUGGACCUGAGGUCUUCUUUAAUCCAGAGAUAUACAGCAAUGACUUCACAACUUCUUUACCGGCUGUAAUAGACAAAUGUAUCCAGUCUGCACCAAUUGACACACGAAGAGCUUUGUAUAAGAAUAUAGUCUUGUCCGGAGGUUCAACUAUGUUCAAAGAUUUCGGGAGAAGGUUACAAAGAGACCUCAAGAAGAUUGUUGAUGCUCGUGUUCUUGCUAAUAACGCACGUACUGGUGGUGAAAUCACGUCUCAACCUGUGGAGGUUAAUGUCGUGAGUCACCCUGUACAGAAGUUUGCAGUUUGGUUUGGAGGCUCCGUGCUUUCAUCAACUCCUGAGUUUUUCGCGAGUUGCAGAACGAAGGAGGAGUAUGAGGAAUGUGGAGCAAGCAUAUGCCGAACUAAUCCGGUGUUUAAGGGGAUGUACUGA